AUGCUUAGAGCCAGGUGGCUGUUCCAUUAUAUUGGAUUCCCUGUAGAACUGGAAACAAAAUAUUUCAUCCAUGCUUACAGUCUGCCCCCAGCAAAUAUAAAAGAGGAUUUUUCUAUCAAAAUCCUUUUUGCUAACUACACCAGUAAGAUAAUCGCUGGCUGUAAUGUAAUGAAAUACAGCAAAAGUUGUAUUGAAAUGGGAAGUUUGUGGAAUCCAAAUAUAACUGUUUGUAAAACAGAGACAGAAUUAAAAGUGAAUUUUACAACAAGCAGUCUUGGGCUUGAAUAUUUAAUAUUGCUUUUUGAGCGUCAAAAGUAUGAAGUACAGCUACAACUACGUGUUAAAGUACUGGUUAUAUAUCCAGAAGAAGUGUGUUUUCAUCACACUGCUUUCUUUUGCUAACUCCUGCAUGAGGGCUGCCAGACUGAUGUUAUUCUAGACAUGUGGGAGAAAAGGAGAAUUGCUGAAAAAGGUCCCGUACAAUGGCUUGGUGCUCAAAAAGCAGCAGCAGAUCGCGUGAUUUUCCUCAGUUCAAACCCUACUGCUGCUGCAUGUGAUGUUUCUUGUAAAAGCAUGAGAAACCACAGUAACAUGGAAAAUAUGUUCACUCUUGCAGUUAACCUCUUCUGCAGUGACACGACAAAUCAGUCCUCUGUACAAAAAUAUAUAGUUGUUUCUUUCAUUGAUAAGGUGAGUUCACAAGACACUUCACCAAGUGCUCUGAACUUCUGUCCAAAAUACUGUCUUAUGAAGGACAUUGAGAACUUCUGCAGAGACCUUUCUGUUUCAUGCAAUGAGGUGCAUGGCAAGAAAUAG